AUGACAGAUGACAAAGAAGAAGAGCGCCAGACUCAAGAAUUCAGACAGGUUAACAAAAAAUAUGAAGAAUUGACAGUUGACAGCUGUCAGCCGCCAUUUUGUCACGUCAGAGAUCACUUGAUUUUGGAAACUGAUCCUGAAAAAGGCAAAGGAGAAUAUGCGUUCGACAAUCCCGGUUUUAAAGUUCAAAAUCUUUCAUUUACCACAUGCUAUCAUAUUUCAGAUGCUACUUUUCUGCCCAAUAACAAAACAGUGGAAACACCCCAAGAAAAGAACAAAUCAUCAAAAUGGAACCAAUGGUCUCCUCUCUCGGUGCUAAAUGUAAAAUCUGAAAAGGCGGAUAAGAAAAGAACUCUUGACGAUUCAGCGUUGGGGGAAAAGGAGGUAAAAGUGAUAUCGUUGCGAAGUGAAGACUUCACUGGCUUGGGAUUCAACAUUUGCGGAAAUAUGCGAGAAGGAAUCUACAUAAAGGAUGUGUUACAUCGAGGUCCCGCCUACGAUUCCGGUGACCGCAUAAAUAGUGUGACCAUCAACUUUGAACACAUGGUGUACGAAGACGCAUUGGCGAUCCUCAGUUACGCUAGUCCUUACGAAGUAGUCAUCGAAGCCAAAGGUGGUAAACUGAUCCACAAUGUACCCGGUCAAGGAGGCCAGCCUGGCCAUCCAAUGUACAAGAGUUCUUCCCAUUUGGAUUUAUAUAACGUUGAUAAAACACCAAAGAAGAAGAACGACAGUGGAUCCCUGGACUCGAACUAUUCCAGCUUGAAAAAAUCCAUUAGCAACAUGACGACGUUGGAAAGAAAGGAAUCAAGUUCGCCGAGAAUCAACGCAACCCCCAAGAAAAUCGUCAACAACUUAAACCCCGAACAUCUUAAAGUUCAACUGGAACAAAGAAUCGACAAUCACGUCAAAGGAAAAGACCAGGAGCCGUUGGAGAUGGAAACUCAGAAGACGGAAAACAAGUUUCCUAAAUUUGGGAUAAGAGUGUUGCCGUCUGAGCGGCAGACAAGUCCAAAGAGUUCUGAACAAAACGACAAUAAUAUUAACAUAGAGAAGCAUUUUGAAACUAAGCCGAUCAGUAUAGAUGAAGUGGAUGACUCCAAGCUACCCCCUCCUGUUAAAAAGCGCGAAAAGAAAGUAGAGAAAACUGAGAAUUUUGACAGAAAUAGCUUAAAUAGCUCUGGCAUUAAAAGGGACCCACAAGGGAUUCCGCUUGAAUUGCCGGAACAGAUGUUAAAUGCAGCUACAGCAGUAAUGAACAACAGGAAGUCGGUAAAUAGAGAAUUAGUGAGUGGAGACGACCAGAAAUUUGCCAAAAAGAAAGGAAAAGCGCCAUUGAUACCAGAAGACGUGAAAUCAACAAACUAUGACGAAAUACAACCAGCUAAAGAAGAAUCUGUUAAAGAUAUUUCGUUAGGGGACACAGUAGAAUUAACUUCUACUUCUAAUAAAGAUUCAAAGUGCUACCAUUCCGAUUCCGAUGGAGAAACGGAUAACAACUCCUCUGUGAAUACCAUCGAACUCAAUUCUAGUGACAUUACUAUUCAUCAAACCGAAGAAGAAGAGCGGCAAAAUAGAAAAACUGUUAGUACUGGGGACUUAACCAAAAUUAAAGAAAGCAAGUCCAACACUGGCACACUGGAACGAGCUCAGAGCCUCGACAUUUCAGACACUACAAUUCCUUCCAGGAAACGUAAAGUUGUCAGAAACGAUGAAGAUUAUCUGAAAUCAGACGAAGAUCUUUUCAGAAGCGAAGUACUAAACAAAGAACCUCGAUUGUCGUUGAUUCUGGAUGGUUUGAAUACUUUCCAAAGAAACAGGCUCAAAAAAUCGACAGAAUGGGGCAAUCUAGAAGAUGCGAUUUUAAAACUUAAUCAAGAAGACGAAAAGGAUGGCCAUAGCUCACUGGAAGCAGAUAACAGCGAGUACCAUGCAGUGGUUAACAAAAUAAACGAGAUCAAAAGGGAGUCGGAAGAUGUAUUGACUGACCCUAAUAGUCCUAAGAAGAUAAAAAAUGAAAUUUGGCCCGAUAUCAACAAAUCUGGUGAUUCAGUUGUUGAUAUUGACGAUAUGAUAGAAACAGUUAUAGAUGAUGGUCCAGUUGUAAAGAUAGAACAUAUUGAUGUACCCGAGGAGCCUGUUUUACUAAUAGUACAAAAGAACACGAAUAUUAACAACAAAAUUUACGAACCUUUUGACAUACAACAACUUGAUGUAGACCUAAGUCCUCCACCUGCUCCUUAUGUAGAGAUCGUCAUUCCAGAACGAAAUAAACGACAAAGAUUGCCCGAUAGUUCAGCGGUACCAGUACCGCCGGAUCCAGUACCGGAGAUACUGGACGAAUGGGAUAUAGCGUUCCCAGAAAACAUCACCAAUACCUCCCCGCCUCAUUCGUUGGAGACUGGGGAUGUUGUACCUCUACAGUACUCGCCGGUGCCUAAACCAGAGGAAGUGCUCUCCAAAAUUCCGCUGCUCAACUCCAUGGUGAAGAGCCAGAAGGAAGAAGCCAUGAAACAGUCAGUUUUGAGCGCAAACAUCACAGAUGAGACCAAGACUGUGGUUAGUCUAAGUGCUUUGCCUGUUGAGUCAAACAUUAAGGAGAUGACACAAAACUUUUUGUACACGGAGCAAUUAAAUAAUGAACCUGAGGAUAUUUACUCACCGAAAUCGUACGACAUUAACGUUUCUGACGAUAUUAAAGUCUCUAGGCAUUCGUAUGAAAGCCUUGAGAGACAGAACCCAAAAAGUGACGAUGCCAAAUCUAAGAAUUCGGUUAAACACGUCAGCAAUAUCAGUGUUACCAACUCAUCGAACGGAGACUCUGAAUUACACAGUUUGGAGUUUAGUAUAAACGAAUCUCAAGACAUGUAUACUACAGCUUUAGAGAAUAGAGAUUUUAACGAUAGUAAAGUAGUGUUAAACACCCCCGAUUUGAUCAAGAACGCUACCCUAACUGAAGCUAUUAACACUUUAAACAACGAAGUUACUUAUACGAAUCAAUUGGACGCUAGUGACGACAGCAAGAAAGGAAAUUCAUCACAUACAUACAUCACAGAAAUAAAAGUAACACCAAAUAAUUAUAAACAAACGAACGUAUCUGAAAUAGAGAUAAAAUCUGAGGAAUCACAACCACAAAUUCCUGCGUCUGCACCUCCACAAGACGACAGAAAUCUGGAUACGGAAUUCGAGAACUAUGUAAAAAGCUUCGAAGCCAAAUUAGAGCAUUUCGAAAACAACAUCCAUCAAUUUGAUAAGAGUUUAGAUGACUUUAUCAAAGAAGAGCCACAAGAGGUGAAAACUAACGAAAAAGUUGACGAAAAAGAGCUGCAUAAAAUCCAGAAAAUUGCAGAGCAGCAGCUGAAAAAGCUACCGGAGAUGAAGUUUACGACAUCUAGUUAUGAGAGUUCAAAAAUUCCCGAGAAGCGGCAUUCGCAGAUUGAGUUACUUAAGUCCAAUUUCGAGAAGUCUCCAGCUAAACCCCCAAAGCCUGAAUCGGCGACGAAGUCACGUAUUCCAAUAGCUACCGCCAAAACUCCUCCGACUUCGCCCGAAAGAAGGGACUCCAGAAAUCUGGAAAACGAGAACGACAAGGCUAUCUUGGAACUCAUGUCGUCCUCCAUGACCUCAACUCCUUAUACGACUAAAAUAAAGCCCCCGAACAAGAACAUCACAGUAACUUCGAUAAGAACAAGUUCCAAGAUACCAUCUGGUCUUCCAACUUUGGGAGGUACAAGAACUCCGAGGAAAAUUGAAAUUACCGAUGAAAAUGUGGUGCAAGUAUCGACCAAUGGGAACGGAAGUGUGGAAAGUAGCUUUAAACAGUGGGUUUUUAAUCCGUCCAAUGUAACAAACGUUACAGUUACUCAGAGUAAAGAAGAAAAGAAGUGACCUUCGCUAGAAAGUUAGUGUUAUUGGACUGAGUAGGCAAUAUGGAUUGGAAACAGUUGUAGGAAUUCUUAAUUCUAACUGGAAAACUAGUUGUAACUGUAACAGAAUAAAAAAUUUGGAAUAAGUUUCAAGGAGAAACUAAGCAGUACAAAGAAAAAAUUGUUUUGUAUAUUUUACAGGUCCAAAAAUGGAGAGAAAUUGCUAAUAUAGAAUCUAUAUUGGUACGAUUUUACUAAAAUACAAACUAAUAUAUCAAUAACUACUUUACUAACAAACAAACAAUCCAAAAUUAUUUAUGGGUUCGUAAAUUUUAUGUUUAGUUGUGAAUAAUUUUGGAAAUGGCGCAGAUAAUAGAAUAUAAACCAUGACGACAGUCAUAUUAUUCUCUGAGAAAAAUAGAUAAAUACCUACCGUAAAUGGUAAAGAAAUAUAGAAAAUAAUUGACCACUAAUACAAUUAAAUGUUUCAGAAACUUUUUC